GUAAUUGCUCUCUUGUGUCAUCACAUGCAAAUGAGGGAGGUGGCGAGAGGUGUACAGUAUAUAAACAGGGAGCUGUCUCGGUCUCGGUACCUUGCUCUCUCCCACAGCUUGCCUCAGCAUCUCUGCUCUCACUCCUCCACCCACCGACUCCAGCACUAUGGCCUUCGCAGGAAAGUGGCUCACCGAGACCCAGGAGGGAUACGACGAGUUCUGCAAGCUCGUUGGAAUCCCCGACGACAUCAUCGAGACCGGCCGUGGCUACAAGAUCAUCACCGAGGUCACCCAGGAUGGCAACGACUUCUCCUGGACCCAGGUUUACCCCACCAACGCAAGGGUCACCAACAAGUUCACCAUCGGCAAGGAGAGCGACAUGGAGACCAUCGGCGGAAAGAAAUUCAAGGCCACCGUGUCCCUGGACGGAGGCAAGCUGUCCGUGACCUUCCCCAACUACCACCACACCUGCGAGAUCGUCGGAGGCAAGCUCAUUGAGACUUCCAAAGCCGGAUCUGUCACUCUGAUCAGAACCAGCAACAAGGUCUAGCUGCUGACUGCACUGGAUUUCCUCUGCAGUCGCAACAGGAAUGUCUUAACUAUAAAAAUGGCAAUAAAAUAAAUUAUCAUG